UCGCAGCGGCUCUAUUUUUGAGCCGAAAAUCAUCGGCUGCGGCUCUUUCUAGCUGUUUCACCAGACGCGGAGGAAGUCUUACAUAUAACGCGAGACGGAAGAACCGUCGUCUCUUUAGGUAUCGAUCGUCGGCCGUGCGAGAAAAAGCGUGAUCAUGGAAGAAGACGACCAAAAAAUGGCGGUAAUGCGAAAAGCCUUCCAAAUGUUCGACACAACGAAGAGCGGUGUCAUCGAUACCCUCAAGAUAUCAACGAUAUUGAACACGAUGGGUCAGCUCUUCGAUGAUGGUGAACUGAAUGCGUUGAUAGAGGAAAACGAUCCCGAAGGUACGGGCAAGGUGAACUUUGAUGGAUUCUGUAGAAUCGCAGGACGAUUUCUCGAAGAGGAAGACGCCGAAGCGAUGCAGGAGGAACUCAAGGAAGCCUUCCGAUUAUACGACAGGGAAGGAAAUGGUUAUAUCACUACGGCCACGCUGAAAGAAAUCUUAGCUGCGUUAGAUGACAAAUUAACUAGUUCCGAUCUCGAUGGCAUAAUCGCUGAAAUUGAUACAGAUGGUUCUGGAACGGUGGACUUUGAUGAAUUCAUGGAAAUGAUGACAGGCGAGUGAGGAUGAGAAAAGUGAGUCGGUUUCGAAAAUGACGAUUUCAUUUUCUGGAAACAUCACAAAAGACCAAUAUUAACGAUAGGGAGAAAACAAGAGAGAGGGAGUGAUUGAAUGAGAGAGAGAGAGAGAGAGAGAGAGAGAGAAAAUGUCCAUUGGAGAGAAACCCUGUCAAGUUCAGCGUUCGUUAUACUAGCGUAAUUUCUUAAUAAAACGAUCCUUUAUCUAGUUAGAAA